AUGGCCUUGUCCCAAUCCGCCAUCAUUGCACCGGUCUAUGGGCAGCGGGCUCUUCACCCACAAGAAAAGCACCACCUUUCUCGGUCUUCAACCACUCUUCAAUCACCAGCCAUGUCUUCUCAGGAUACCCGCUCCAUGAGCCAGCGUCUUCGCCCUCGUCGUCCCUCGACCUUCCUCACCUUGGCUCCCAUCAUCUCCGGUGCCGAGCAAAAGCCCAAGGACGCUUCUGCCGAUGAGGUUGCUCUCGAGUCUCCCACUGAGAGCGUCAAGCAAGUAGAGGCCGACUCCGCCGAGGCCCUCAAGCGCCGCACCUCCAGCGUCAGCAGCGCCGGCGGAUUCCGCUUCCUCAGGAACCACUAA